AAUUACCAGAGAAAGUUCCAGCUACCAGGACUGUGCAUUGGAAAGAGUAGUGGUGUGAUCUUUGAGGCUGUCCUACUCUUGUUGUGCCAGUGUGAAGAUGAUGAAGUUCUGGUUAUUGUCUCUCCUCCUCAUUCAGAGUUGGUGCAGUAGGUGCGCUGAGGCCGAAAUCUUCACCUCAAUAGGUCAGAUGACGGACUUGAUUUUCACAGAAAAAGAGCUUGUCCAGUCCCUAAAGGAAUACAUCCGGAAAGAGGAAUCCAGAUUGGUUCAGAUUAAAAGUUGGGCCUCCAAAUUGGAUGAUCUGACCCACACCUCGACUGCUGAUCCCGAGGGCUAUCUGUCCCAUCCUGUCAAUGCCUACAAGUUAGUGAAGCGCUUGAACACCGAGUGGGCGGAGCUGGAGAGCCUUGUCUUGCAAGACCCUGCUGAUGGUUUCAUUUCUAAUAUGUCUGUGCAGCGCCAGUUCUUCCCAGACGAGGAGGAUGAGAAAGGAGCAGCUAAAGCUCUAAUGCGUCUGCAGGACACCUAUAAGCUGGACUCUGAGAGCAUCUCCAAAGGCAGGCUGCCAGGCGUGACGUUCAACGCCCUCCUGAGUGUGGAUGACUGUUAUGACAUGGGGAAGACGGCGUACAUUGACCAUGAUUACUACCACACCGUGCUGUGGAUGCAGCAGGCCCUGAAGCAGCUCGAUGAAGGAGAGGAAGCUGUCGUUUCCAAGCCUGAAGUCCUUGACUAUCUCAGCUACUCGGUUUACCAGAUGGGUGACCUGCCUCGAGCCAUUCAACUCACAAGGCGCCUGCUUGCAGUCGAUCCAACUCAUCAGAGAGGAGGAGGAAACCUGCGUUAUUUUGAGAGGCUGCUAGGAAAGGAGAUGAGGGAGAGCAACACUGAGCAGCCCCCAGUCACAGAGGAACCUAUAGAGUUCAGAACCUACGAGAGGCCUGCCGGUUACCUGCCUGAUAGAGAUAUCUAUGAAGCACUCUGCAGAGAAGAGGGAGUGAAAAUGACUACAGAGAGGCAGAAGAAGCUGUUCUGCAGGUAUCACAAUGGGAACAGGAAUCCCAGGCUGCUCCUAGCUCCUAUGAAGGAAGAGGACGAGUGGGACAGCCCGCGUAUUGUGCGAUACCUGGACGCACUGUCAGACACAGAGAUCGAGAGGAUCAAGGAAAUAUCAAAACCCCAGCUGGCGCGAGCAACGGUACGGGAUCCAAAGUCAGGUGUUCUUACAGUAGCCAAUUACAGAGUAUCCAAAAGUACCUGGCUGGCGGCAGAAGACGACCCUGUUGUUGCCCGUGUGAACCAGAGAAUAGAAGAUAUAACGGGCUUGACCAUGGAAACAGCAGAACUGCUUCAGGUGGCUAACUAUGGGGUUGGAGGACAGUAUGAGCCUCAUUAUGAUUUCUCAAGACGCCCUUUCGACAGCUCUCUCAAGACGGAUGGGAAUAGGCUAGCAACCUAUCUGAACUACAGAGAUGAACCUGAGGCUUUCAGAUCCUUAGGCACUGGAAAUCGUGUGGCUACUUUUUUAAAUUAUAUGAGUGAUGUGCAAGCUGGAGGGGCGACGGUGUUCCCAGAUUUUGGAGCUGUAGUUAGACCCAGAAAGGGUACUGCUGUGUUUUGGUACAACCUUUUCAGAAGUGGGGAAGGCGAUUACAGGACCAAACAUGCAGCGUGUCCAGUAUUAGUAGGGAGUAAAUGGGUUUCAAACAAAUGGCUUCAUGAAAGAGGGCAGGAGUUCCGGAGACCGUGUGGCCUGACAGAAGUCGACUAAAGAUCUCCUGUUCUUGCUGUUGCUGCCCUCUUGGGUUCCUCCCUGAACAUCCUUUUUCAUUCACAAGAGUUCACGCUGUCCAGUGCGAUACCACCAAGCUCCUUGACAGUGACACACGUCUCCUUUACAGAAAGAACUGUCAAGCAGUAAACCCUGUCACAUGUCUUCUGGUCAUAGUCUCUUGUCUGGAAAUGCGAUAGUACAGAAUAUUUUGCAGGUGCUCAUUUUACUAUCCUAAAGUUUAGGUUUUUUUUUUUUUUCCUCAAAUAAAUAAUAGAUUCUUUGAACACGUGUCAAUAAAUUGUUAAAUUCCGUUCCCCCUUAAAAUGCAUUUUAAUAAGUGUUUCUUGGAAGUUUUGUAGGGGGGAUUGUUUAUUUAAAUAAAUUAUACUGUACUAUUUGUUAUGUGCUUUCAGUAAGAUUAAAGAAAUAAAAUGUCAAUGAUUUAC